AUGAACGUUUUUAGAUUGUGUGGUGACUUGUCUCAUCUGUUUGCAAUUGUCAUCCUAAUUUUCAAAAUAUGGAGGACCAAGUCUUGCGCUGGAUUGUCAGGAAAAUCUCAAAUACUCUUUGCCCUGGUCUUCAUAACACGUUAUCUAGAUCUAUUUACUAUCUUCAUAUCCUACUACAACACCAUCAUGAAAGCAGUCUACAUACUGCUGACUUUACUUACCAUAUACUUAAUUUAUGGUAGAUUUAGGUCGACUUACGACUACGAUUACGAUACUUUCUACUCUAGCGUUCUCAUCGUUGGUUCUUUGGUGCUGGCGGCGUUUCUUAACGAGGCCACUACUAUACUUGAAAUUCUUUGGACCUUUUCCAUCUACCUAGAAUCAGUAGCCAUCCUACCCCAGUUGUAUAUGCUGAGUAAAAAAGGCGAGGCCGAAACAAUAACCUAUCAUUAUUUGUUUGCACUCGGCAUAUAUAGGGCUCUCUAUCUUUGUAACUGGGUGGUCAGGUACCAUUAUGAGAGUUGGUUCCAAUUGAUACCUACCGUGGCCGGCUGUGUACAGACUGUGUUCUACCUUGACUUUUUCUAUCUGUAUUAUACCAGGAUUGUCAAAGGAAAAGGCUUAACUUUGGAGAUUUAA